UUUCUUCCUCUCACAUACUUUCUAAUCUAAACAUUUCUUCUUCACACUGUUGUUUUCAAUUUCCACUCUCAACCUAUCCAUCAAUGGCUUCCAUCAACUUCAACCCAUUCGGAGGGAACUGGAACUGGUUCUCAAAACCCUCAAACCCUCUUCCUCCUCUCAACACCCUCCUCACCUUCUCCGACAACCACCACCACUCCCCCAACUUCGCCGCCAUCAACCUCUUCCGUCGAAACCCCAAGAAAAAACCCGACAACGACAACGAACCCGGUCCCUACACCCGCAUGGCGCACCAAUUCUUCUGGGAAUGCGAGAAUCUCCCCGACCACCGGCACACUCCAGAGGUCGAGAAGAUUCUCAACGACGACCCCGUUUUCGAGAAGAAGGAGAAUCCUACAGAGGAGGAAAUCAAGGAGAACAUGGAGAUGUUGGAGAAGAUUAAGAGCAGCCCCGUGAUGCAGUUUUUGGUUAGAGCGGAAGAGAUUGCGGAUAAGAUGAAUGAGAUGGAGCUGAAGGAGAAUGAGAACCCGUAUCAUAAGGAGGAUAGGGAGCUUUGGAAGGCGUUGCCGAAUGUUAUCGGGCUCGACGGGAGGCCGAUGCCCCGGAAGGCGUUGAAGACUAGGCAGGAGGCUCAUGAUAAGUUUUGGGAUUUUGCAAGGCAGUUCUUUUUUGGGCUUUGGGGGUUUAGGCAGAGGCCUUACCCUCCUUGUAAGCCUAAUGAUGCUGCUCAGGCUAUUGGGUAUAAGAACCUUGAGAAGCGGUACUAUGAUUUUAUCAUGAGGAGUGGUGGAUUUUACUAUAAGGAUCGUCUGGGUCGAACACGAGGACCGUGUGAGUUGAUUCAACUUAAAACUGCAUGGGGUGCUGGGAUUAUUGAUAAGAAUACUUUCAUUUGGGGUGAGGAUAUGGAUGAAUGGGCACCCAUUCACAUGAUUUACGGAAUGGAGCGUGCAGUUGCUACCUGGGAAGUUCGAUUUGCUGCUUCAGCAACAGCUUUCCUUCACAAACUACAAAGAGGUAUACCACCCUGGGUUCCUCUUAAGGGUUUUGAGGAGAAGACAUAUGAGCAGCUUCAAGAAGAGGCCAUAGAAAGCAAGAGACGUGAUUUAGCAGUAUUGGAAGCUAAUGAUGGUGUUUGGCCUGGAGUUAGAAUUCCAAGUCAUGCGCUAUUUCUUUGGGCUAGCGGCUCUGAACUGACCACUAUUUUGGAACAGGAUCACAUGCCCAACAAAUACAUUCCCAAAGAUAUGAGACGGAAGCUGGCUGACCUUAUUCCAGGGUUGAGGCCGUGGGAAGUUCUGAGCAUAGAACAAGCAAUGGAUCGAAUAACAUUUAAUGGUGAAUGGUACCGUGAACCACUUGGGUCAUUCAGCACCGGGCCACCAUACAUCAGGCACUGGAAUAAUGACGUUAUGAGGACGUUUAAGCUAUUUGAAGACCUAAACAAUGAGUUGUAUGAAAAAAUGGAGAAGACACUUCCUGGCUUUGACAAAAUUGUGAACAAGAUCCAGCAUGAUUUUUAUACCAGAAUUGAGAAACUUACGCAGAAGAAAAAUGCAGAGAAAAGAGAGGCCCGCAAGAAAGCUGGGUUGCCCGAGUACGAAUGGCACGAAAAAUCCCCUUAUGAAAAAUCCCCUUAGUGUCAUUUCUUACAUGAUUUCUGCAGAUCAGAUGGUAAGACCUUAUUGUGUUUGAGUAGUUGAUUUUUAUUUAAUGUAAUUACUUUGAAUUGACCAAUGUAUCAUCGUUGCCAAAAACAAUUUAUUUACCCACUUACUGGCUAAAAUGUUGAAAAUUGAAUUGUUGCAAGUUAAAGUUUCCACCAGUUAUUUGAGGUGUGACUGACAUAAGAUGUUACUGCUAUAUAAACAUGCUAAUUUGGUAUA